AGGUUGCAAUGGCAAACAAUAAAAUUGUAAAUCACAAUUACUCUAAGCGUUCUGAACCCAAUGGUGGUUUUAAAACAUUGGAAGCAUUUUAUCCUUUUUAUUUGGGCGAGCAUUGUAAUACGAUCAAUAGAAGACUUCACAUUUUAGGAACUUCAAUUUCGCUCAUCAUAUUCUUAAUGGCUAUUAUCAAAUCUCGACCAAAGUUAUUGGCAACUGGAUUAAUUCAAGGUUACACCUUUGCCUGGGUUGGGCAUUUCUUUUUUGAGAAAAAUAAACCAGCUACAUUUAGAUACCCUGUAUGGUCGUUUAUUUGUGAUUUAAAAAUGUGGCACGAAGUAAUUACUCAAAAGCGAGCACUUUAAACAAAUAAAAACUAGGCCUAGUUACCAAGCAAUCGCCGAUUUCAACAUUCUGUCCUAUUUUUUUUAAAAAACAUACAGUAUAUGGUGAACUAUGAUGAAUUUUUUUUCACC